UUCGGAUAUGGCCGCUGUAUCGGCAAUACGACAUCUGCAAUGUUUUGUAAAUUCAUUUUUAUAAAAUGAAUAAGGUGUUUUUUACUUAUGUAUAGUGAUUAGCGGACCGUGUACAGUGCUGUGAUAUUUGUAAUGGAUGCAGAGAACGAGUACGAAAUAAAGAAAGUUCGUGAUGCCAUACAAACGAUAGAGACUAUCCAGUCCAUGAUCGACGUUUCAGCUGAAAGACUUGAGGGUUUGCGGACACAAUGCUCGACGAGCGCAGAGCUGACGCAGCAGGAGAUCCGGACCCUGGAGGGCAAGCUGGUGAAACACUUCUCCCGACAGCUGGUGAUCAAGGCCAGCUUCGGUGAGGAGUUGCGGCGUAAGCUCGGCGAUGUGCCGCGACUUGCGCAAUGGCUCAGGGUCGUGGGCUUGUGCCCCGAUUCUAUUACGGCGGUAUGUUCCCGCGUGGCGUCGUUGGAGACGCUGCGGGAACGUUCCGACCACGAGAUGCGCGCGCUGCUGGCCGGCGCGCGCGACGAGGAGGUGUUGCGACUCUGUCGCGCCAUGCAGCGGCUCAGGACUUAUAUAGAGGCCCUCGGGCGCGGCGAGGGCGGCGCGGAGCUGCAGUUGUUCUGGGACUCGUGGGAGCGCACCGCGCGCGCCUCGCCGCGGGCGCCGCGCGCGCGACACGCCGCCGCGGACCACCACGGCACGCCGCACAACAAGAAAGGUGGCAAAUCUCCCCCCACUCCGGUAGCGAAGCGAAAACAACCGAGCACUCUGCCCCCUCCCGCGGCACUCACCAAGUCAAGGUCACACGAGUCACAACUAUCUGUCAGACCAGACGCUUCAGACCUUAGUGACAACAGUCAGUCCUCAGCGGUGGGUACGUCGGAAGUGACGCCCCCCGCCUCCCCGCACGACACCGAGUCCGAGCACACGCCGCUCCACCGCCCUCUACCGUACCACAACAACAACACGGGCGCGGGCGUGGCGCCACGCUCCCCGCGCACGCCGACCGUGAGCCGCUGCAUGGCGCACGACAUCGCGCACCGGUUCACCAAGACCAUGCUCAUUGCCACCUGCGACUACUGCGACAAACAGAUGUUCGGCUCCGCGCUCAAGUGCAAGGAGUGCAAGUUCAAGUGUCACAGAGACUGCGAAAGUAAAGUACCUCCGUCAUGCGGCCUACCACCUGAAUUUGUGGACGUUUUCAAAGAAAAGUUUCACAAAGAUGGUGGGUACUACGGGUACGUGUCAGGUCGCGGCGCGGGCAUCCUGUCCUCGCUCACGCACCGCCGCCGGGCGCCGCCCACUUCGCAUCACGCUGGUGGCCCAGACUCGUCGUCGAACACGUCGUCGUGCAACAGUUCGACCCCGUCGUCCCCGGCGCUGGCCCCGCCCCUGACCCCCCACCACCCCCACCAUACACAAAUCCACCACCCCCAUCACCCCCACCAUCCGCAUCAUCCGCCCACCACUAAACAACAAUUCCAUUUCCCAGAACUAAAGCCAGUGGUAUCUAGUCCUAACCACGUGUCGGUGCAGUCGCCAUCUAGACAACAAGACAACAAGGAAGACCUUACUACUAGCGUGCAAAGUGGCGACAGUUCCCGCGGCGUGUCCCUGUCGGGCUCCACGGACAGCGGCGGCUGCCCGCGCGGCGACUCCUUCGACCUCUCGCACAAACACGGAGACUCGCGCUGGCCGCGACAGAAUAGUUUAUCAAUGAAAGAGUGGGACAUCCCGUACGACGAGCUGAAGCUGUUCGAAGUGAUAGGCACGGGCCGCUUCGGUACUGUCUACCGCGGCAGUUGGCACGGAGCCGUCGCCGUCAAACUAUUGCACGUGCUCAGCGACGACUGUGUACCACUGGAUACUUUCAAACAUGAGGUGGCGACCUUCCGCAAAACUCGUCAUGAGAACUUGGUCCUGUUCAUGGGCGCGUGUAUGAAGCCGCCGCGACUGGCCAUCGUGACGUCACUGUGUAAGGGCAUGACUCUGUACACCCACAUCCACCUCCGCAAGGACAAGUUCACCGCCAACAAGAGCGUACUCGUCGCACAGCAGAUAUCACAGGGUAUGGGCUACCUACACGCGCGUGGCAUCAUCCACAAAGACCUGAAGACGAAGAAUAUAUUCUUAGAAAACGGCAAAGUAGUGAUCACAGACUUUGGUCUCUUCAGCGUUACCAAACUGUGUUUUGGAAACAAGUUAGUACAAAGUCUCCGCGGCGACAGCCUGGGUAUCCCGGCGGGAUGGCUGUGUUACCUGGCGCCGGAGUUGUGUCGCGCGCUCACUCCGCACGCCUCACUACAUCUGCCCUUCUCCAAGGCCACGGACGUAUACGCGUUUGGCACUGUGUGGUACGAGUUGUUAUGCGGAGAGUAUCCGUUCAAGAGUCAGCCGCCGGAGGCAGUCAUCUGGCAGGUCGGGAAAGGCGUCAAGCAAUCGUUAGCCAAUAUGCAAGCUUCUAGAGAUAUUAAGGACAUACUAAUGCUAUGCUGGUCGUACCGGUCCUCUGAGCGGCCCGACUUCCCCCACCUGCUGACGACGCUGCAGAAGCUGCCCCGCAAGCGCCUGGCGCGGUCGCCGUCGCACCCGGUGCACCUGUCGCGCUCGGCCGACUCCGUCUUCUGAGGCCGGCUGCGGGCGGCCCUAGCACUGACGUCGGAGCGGGCUAUGGCCAGUGUGGUACCGCUGUUUAUUAUCUAGUUUAGGAAAUAUACUCCAUAUUAUUGUAAGUUUCGUGUAAUAGGUACAGAUAAAUCGACAAAAUUCAAUUUUAAACUAAUGGAUUAUCAUGCGAAAAUUGCCCUGAGUUUCCAGCGAUUGGAACAAAUACUAUGAUAAAUGCUAUGGGACAAAAAAAAUAUAUAUAUCUUAUUAACCUAUUUUGACGAAUGUAAAGUGCAAUAAGGACAACGCAACCACACUAGCCAGCCGACCACUAAAGUAUUCGCUCACUGAAUCUCGUAUAUCGACGAAAUAAAUAUAACUAUUUAAAACUAUAUUUAUAUUUUGAAUUGUCAAAAAUAUUACUUUGUUUUCAACUAGUUGGGAGAACAGUUUUUGUGUUUGAAUCAGGUUAAAUUAUUUAUUUUCAUGUUCAUUUUAAUCACGGGGUUUUUUAAUAGAAAGACGUAGUUAGUGGAUUUACAAUAUAGGAUCUGGAAUCAAUCAAGUUAGUGUUACGCCAUUCAAUAUUUGCGGGAUAAAUGUACAAAUAACUCGAAUACUACAGUCGAUUAUGGGCUCCAUUCUAUAUUUGCAGUCAUUGUCCAAUGGAUCUUACAGAAGUUGUCCUCUCGACUAGUUAAUUCAGAAAGUUAUAUUUCAGUAUAACACAACAAACGGGUUUUCGAUACUUAGUAUAAAAACAUUUAUAAAUGAAAUGUAAAAUAUGUUAAUAACGUCUAUUGUAAGUAUAUCUUGAUCUCUGAAUAAUCAAUAGAAUAAAUUAUAUUUUCGUAAUUAAAAUAAUAAUUAAAUCAUGGAAAAAAUGAAAAAAAAAAAUGUGAAAAAUGACUGCUUUGUUGAUAGAUUGUAUAUAUAUGUACAGUGUUACGAUUUUGCUGUGAUCGACGAAUCGACUGUUCUUAAGCGACAAAGGCCAUCUUUCGAGUCAGAAAAUCAAUUUAUCUGUGACGUUUCAACCGCUCCUUGUGGCGUAAAUGUAGUUCAACUAACAGAAACUAUUUUUUUCUCUAGAAGAAAAUUUAAAUGGUUUUUGUUUCUUAGGACAAUCGAGAUGAAUGCACUGAUCUUUUGUACAUACAUUGUAUAUUCACCACGAGAAAGCCUUAAUCAUCAAUUUAUUAUUACUUGGUAUGUUAAGAAAUAUUGUCAACUUUAACUAAUAUUUAUAAGGUUUAACCUAAAUUCAAAAGUAGUAAAAAGAUUUUUCUAGAUUUCAAAUUAUUGCCUAAUGUCUUAUAGCAAAAAAUUAGAGAAACGAAGGUCAGUGUAUUCAACAAGAAUCUUUUUAAACUAGGCUAAGAGUUGACAUAUUUCAUACCUACUACUACAUUAUUUUUACAGGUUUUCUUAAUUAAACGUAUUAUAAUAGUCCCCUUGAAACACGUCACGAAUUUAUUUGAUAUUACAUAGUGUAACGACAGUUUCUUUUAAUGUUAAACGCUAAAUUAUAACAGUAGUUAUUGAGAAUAUUGGAGUGCAAACAGUUCGUCUAGCAUUGCUUGGAACUAGUCGAGUGCCUCGUCAAACAGUUACGUAAGCCGAAAAUAUAAUAAUGAAUUUAGUAUGCCUCACAAAAGUUAUAGGAUUUGACUGUAUUAUUUAAUUCAAAGUAUUUUACAAUGUGGUCCCUCAAUAUUCUCCAUAACUAUUGAUAACGAAAUAUGUUUUGUAAAUAAAAGAAUUAUAACAUUCCUUUUUGUAGGUUGUUGAAGUUUAAAACUUGAUAGUUACUAUUCAAGCUGUAGUAAAUCAGUUUGUAUCUUUUUAAAAGUUACCACUUUCUUAUAUCGUUGCUAAGAGGCUUAUCGUUAGUCUAGGCUGAAAUACAGGCGAUGUUUAUGCUUUUAGACGGGUCUAGAUGUGACUGGGUGUAGAAGAAAACCUUCCUCACUUUAUCCAAAGUUACUUGAGGUUGCCGCUAAGUCAUUUUCUCCCAUUUCUAUGAAUUUCGAUCCAUUCAGUGCAAAAUGUUGGAUAUUUAUUGCCAGUUGCUCUAAUCUCAGUGAUUACAAGUAAGUUCCAUCAUUAGUCACAUUUAAACCCGUUACAAAAGCUCAUCAAGUCAUCAAUUAGCAAAAAUUUAUCAUUUAAAAUGAAAAAAAAAAACGUAACAGCUCAUUAUUAUUCUAUUGUUUACUAAAUUAUUGUUAUAAAGGAAAAUUGUUCUGGUCAGUCGACUCCUAUUACGAUAGUUUGUAAAGUAAUGCGCUGACGUCACGCAGUGUACAUAGAAAAGCGCGGGACGUCCGCUAUCUUGUAACAUAUAUUUAUUAGAAGAGAACAACGGUUGGAAAGCAGAUGGAUGUAGUUAUACAUAAUGUAUUGAGAUUUGAAACGAUUAGGUUAGUUGCAUUUGCCAAAAUAAAUUUCCGAAUCACUGUU